GUCUGAUUUUCACAACACUGCAGUUUUAAAGCUCUGGGAUUGGAGAAACUAGGAAUCCUCAUCAAGGCCAGAAACUUCCUAGUAUUUCAGGAAACUGUUGGCAGAGAUAAGAUCUGAUUGUUCCCCAUGAUGGAUACAGCUGAGCGUUACCAGAGGCUGAAAGACGAGGUUGUUAGAGCUAAUGUGCAGUUACAGCUUUUCAAACUGUACCACAAUGAGGCUGAAAUUGAGAAGCUCAACCGAGAGCUGUCCCAGCAUAACCGGGAGAUCGAAAAAGAUAGAAAGAAGAUGGAUCAUAUAGAUGAGGAGAUUAAAGACAAGAAGAAAGAAUUGGGGAGAAUGAUGAGAGAGCAGCAGAAUGUGGAGAAAGAGAUAAAAGAGAAGGAUGCCGAGUUAAACCAGAAACGGCCUCAAUACAUCAAGGCCAAGGAGAACACCUCACACAAGUUAAAGAAGCUGGAGGCAGCACGAAAGUCUUUGCAGAAUGCUCAGAAGAUGUACAAGAAGCGUAAAGCAGACAUGGAGGAGCUGGACCGAGAACAGGGAGCUGUGGAGAUGGACAGGCAGGAGUUUGAAGCAGCUUUGUAGCCCAUCUCUGAAUACCAGUACAUCUCUAACUCUGAAUUCAGACACAUAACUGUCAGUUGAAUUAGUAACGAUACUGCCUUCUAGGUGGAGGAUGAGGUAUUUGUGGAAUUCUGCAAAGAGAUUGGAGUGAGAAAUAUCCAAGAGU